AUGAGACCUAUAGUUUUGUUUAAAAAAAAUGAAGCAGAUAACUCUUCUAGUGUGAUAGAUGAUACAAGAAUAUACGAAAGUGGUUGUAGCUUCGACGCUCGUAUCAAAUGGCCUCAUUGCCCUUCCAUUUCCUAUAUCCGUGACCAGUCACAAUGCUCUUGUUGGGCUAUCUCAUCUGCAGAGGCUAUGUCAGACCGUGUUUGCAUCGCUUCGCACGGCAAUAAGACGGUUGAACUCUCAGCGGACGACAUCAUGAGCUGCUGCUUUGAGUGUGGUUCUGGAUGUGAUGGUGGCUGGCCUAUCUCGGCAUGGCAGUACUUUGUAGAAAUGGGUGUUGUCACAGGCGGACUCUACGGCACGAAGGUUUUUCCACCAUACGAAAUCCCACCGUGCGGUAUUCAUAAAAAUGAGACCUUCUACAGUAAUUGCACUCAAGAAAUCGACACACCUGAUUGCAAAACCACAUGUCAAGCCGGGUAUCCGAUUUCUUACGACGACGACAAAACGUACGGAAAGACUUCGUACGAUGUUGCGAACUCAGUGCUUGCCAUUCAGAAGGAAAUUAUGACCUUUGGACCAGUGGUCGCAGUUUUCACUGUAUAUGGCGACUUCUUUUUUUAUAAGACCGGAAUUUACAAGCAUGUCUCUGGUGAAGCGGAAGGAGGUCACGCCGUGAGGAUUCUUGGAUGGGGACAACAAGGUGGAGUCCCCUACUGGCUGGUUGCUAACUCAUGGAAUACUGACUGGGGAGAGAAUGGUUACUUCCGUAUACUUCGAGGAUCGGAUGAGUGUGGAAUAGAAGACGGUGUGGUCGCUGGACAAGUCUGA